UGGAGCGCACGCGCAGUGAGUCCACAACUCCCCAGUCCCAGACAAUACCAGCGAGACGUCAACAACAGAGAGCUGGUUACUGAUGCUGGUGAAUUGUGAGAGUAAUUACAUUGUAACGACGCGUGUUCAAGGUUAUUACUUUGUAUCAACUACGUUCGAUUUCCAUCAAGAUGUUUGGCUUUCACAAGCCGAAGAUGUACCGGAGUUUAGACGGAUGUUGCAUCUGCCGCGCUAAGUCCUCCAGCUCGCGCUUCACAGAUAGCAAGCGGUACGAGAAGGACUUCACGAGCUGUUUCGGAUUGUGUGAAACUCGGUCUGGUGAAAUCUGCAAUGCCUGUGUACUCCUUGUGAAACGAUGGAAGAAACUCCCAGUGGGGUCUAAGAAAAGCUGGAAUCAUGUGGUUGAUGCCCGAGGAGGCCCCAGCCUAAAGAUGUCUUCCAGGCCAAAGAAGCUGAAGUCCCUCUCCAAGAGAGCCAGGCCAAGCCAGAUCAGCCGACUGCAGAAAGAGCUGAAGAGAAACAACUCUGAUGCCCACAGCACCACGUCCAGUGCCUCGCCGGCCCAGUCUCCCGGCUACAGCAACCCCUCAGAUGAGGGCACCGACACAGAACUCUCCCCUGGCUCCAGCCGUUCCCCUGUCUUCUCCUUCCUGGACCUCACUUACUGGAAGAGGCAGAGGGUGUGUUGUGGGAUCAUCUACAAGGGCCGGUUUGGGGAGGUGCUCAUCGACCCCCACCUCUUCAAGCCCUGCUGCCGCAAGAAACGGCAGCGGCAGGAGCUGGAGGAGGAGGAGGAGGAGGAGGAAGGGUACGAGGAAGAAGAGGUGGAGGUGGUAGAAGUGACGGAGGAGGAAGAGGAGGUGAAGAGGUCAAAUAGCCAGAAGAGCUUAGAGACUCCUCAGCUACAGGUCACCAUGACAACACCUCAGACCGUAGAGGAGGGGGAGGAGGUUGAGGGGGGAGACUGGUGACGCUGCACCACAGUGUGUGCAUCUUUGAGGAAGCCUUGGGAGUGCUCCUGGUUUACAAGCGCUUACAAAAAUGAGUUAGGUCGGAUUUCCUUCAGUCAACGAGCAGCUGAAACCCAUUUUUACUUUUUUUUUUUUUUUACAUUAAUUUUGUUAAUUUGGUAACUUGUGGAAUGACUGAGCCAUCAGGUCUUGUACUUGGUAUUCUCCUUGUCCUGGGUUCAUGUUCAUUAGGCCGGUUAUGCAACGGAAAAUGAGCUUUUCUUAUUGGGCAAGUUAUGUAGUACCUACGUGUUGCAAUCUAUUUUCUUCUGUUAGGUUCCUAAUGAAUAUGACCCAAAUGUUCGAACACCUUUCUUGGUAUGUUUUUCUCCUUGACAUGAAAUGCUGUAGCUCUGACUGAUCACCAGCAUACCUUUUACAGGUUACAGUCGUACAGUAGCACUUGUAUUAUACUGAAACACAUUUGCAUUUAUACCAUUUUUUUAUUGAUUCUUUAUAUGGGCCUGUAUAUAUUUAUAUAUAGGCCUCGAUUGAGAAAGGCCUAUUCACAGCACCAACAGCCAAUACACCACCAACAGCCAAUACACCAGCCUUAAUUUAGUGAGGGAAGGCAGCGCCAGUGUUUUGUCAGUGUUGGUACUAAGGGAUGAUAUUAAAGGGACAUUUCAAAAAGGUUCAACUUGAUAUUUAUUAUCUCCAGCAUCACCCCAACAUCAACAUAUUUUAAAAUGGCAGUUAUCUAUGUUUUGUAGUCUAAAGGAUGCACACCAAAUGACGUAAAAGAAAAUGGAUUCCGAUGAAAAACGUUUGACAUCGUGAUUUUUUUAAAACCAACUAUGAGCAGGCAAAGGUUAGGAACUACCUGAUCAUGUCAAAAGUGUUUCUGGAUUAUGUCAUCAGAAACCCUUUUCUUACUCUUCCUCUAUUUUUAUGACUACACAACAGCGAAGUGCGCUUUUUUCGCAUUUGUUGAGGUGGAUGCUGGAGAUGAUGAAUAUGAAGUUGAAAAUUGUGCAAUGUCCCUUUUUGAGACAUAAUAGUUAGUGCAAGUUUGUGAGUUUUCUCCUGUUUAUUAUAUGUUAAUGGAGGCCUUAGGCUUUCAAAAUGAAGAGAAGCAACACAUUAGUGAGUUUUGCAUGAAUGCCGAAGAAAAUAACCCCUCUCAUCCAAAAUAUCUGUAGAUCAGAUGCAUAAGUCUAAUAAGCUUUUGCAUGGCCUUAAAAGCAUAACUACAAUUUUUGUGAAAGUCUUGUUCGUAUUAUCCAGACCUAAUGCCCCGAAAUUACAAAGUAUUGUUUUAUUUAAAAGGGGGGAAAAUUUCGCUAAAUUGUCUCCUGCUGUAUUAUACACCAGCAAAUACAAUAGUGACCAGUUCAGAUCAUGACCUAUUCCUUCUAGAUUUCUAGAGGCUGGAAAACUUUUAUACUUGAGUUUUUCUUACUGUCAGUAAGGGGACAGGAUGAUGUAAUUAACACAGACACACAUGUUUUGUUCUUCUAUUCUCGUGGGGACCUAACAUUUUUUUCCAUUAUCUUAACCCUUACCGUAACCCUAAACCUAACCCCUUACCAUAACUCUAAGUGUAACCCUAAACCUGACCCCUGAAUUUAAAAUAGCCUUUGUCUUCAUGGGGAUGUGGAAAAUGUACCCACGAUGGAGAAUUUCUUUUCUUUCACUAUCCUUUUGGGGAUUUUCAAUCCCCACAAGUAUAGAAGAACCAACUCACAUACAUACAUACAUACAUACAUACAUACAUACAUACAUACAUACAUACAUACAUACAUACAUACAUACAUACAUACAUACAUACAUACACUGUGUGCAUAUGUAUGUAUGUAUCUGCCGCAACAUCCUAGACUUACAAUGGAAUGUAUACCAUUUAGCAGACACUUUUAUCCAAAAUGACUUAGUAAUGCAUGGAUACAUUUCAUGUAUGGGUGGAAAUCAAACCCUCUAAGUGUUUUCUCUACAUGAGCACAACAUUCUAAAUCUGCACCCCUGUUGUCAAUAACAGUGUAUUGUUUUUUGAUUGUUUUGAGGAGAUGAUUUACAUAUCAGUGUGUUUUUAUAUAUAUAUAUAUAUAUAUAUAUAUGAUUCCUCAUUCCUUGGUUAGUUAAGCAACCAUGAUAUACUAGCAUACAUAUAUCAAACAACCAAAGCACAAUUCAAUUCAUUCAAUUUGAAAUGCAAAACUGAUAAUUUCAAUUUAUUUUGCAGGCUAUUAGUGGCAUAAAAAGGACACUAAAAUCUGUUUUUAAUGAGCCAUAACAUAGGGAGGAUCGUAUGUAUGUGUACAUAUUUAAAUGGAGGGUGACGGCUUUCUAGUUCAGUUUUUCUGUUAUUUAUUUAAUAUUUAUUUCUAUUACAGCAUUUUCCCCAUAUUACUGUAUUCUGAGUCUGGUUUCUCACUGUAAUAACUUAAAGAUGUUUUAUUCAAAGUUUGGUAGUUCUGUCAUAUGAUUAGCUUUAAUGUAGAUCUUAAGCAAGCAGUGUUCUAGUCAGAAAUUCACAACUUAUAACAGUAUUUGUGAAAUAUUGGGAUCAAUACUUUUUUUAAUCAACAUUAUCGUGUAGUAAUUUAUUAUGUUAUAAACAAGCAUUUGAUUGGACCUGUACCUCCGUAUCAGGUAUCCAGCCUGUUGAAAUAUGAAUUUAAUUUUUUGAUGUAUAUUAAAACUAUACUUUCCUCUUA